AUGUUGAAUCCACGCCGCGCCCUCAUUGCGGCGGCGUUCAUCUUGACAGUCUUCUUCCUCAUCUCCCGAUCCCACAGCUCCGAACCGUCCGCCUCCGAAAGCAAAGAUGCCGAAGCAGAAGCGCUGGCCGCGGCCAAUGCCCAGCAGCGCGCGGCGCCCCCGCCGCCUCCGCAAAAGCCCAUGAUUGACAUGUCGGGCAUGUCAACGUACGAGAAGCUCGGCUACGCGUACACGUACGACAUCGAGUCCAAGUUCCCGGCCUACAUCUGGCAGACGUGGAAGAAGACGCCGAGCGAGGCCGACUUCGAGUUCCGCGAGCAGGAGGCGUCGUGGUCGAUUGAGCACCCGGGCUUCAUCCACGAGGUCAUCACCGACUCCGUGGCCGACACGCUGCUGCAGCUGCUGUACGGGAGCAUCCCCGAGGUCCUCGAGGCGUACCACGCCCUGCCGCUGCCGGUGCUCAAGGCCGACCUGUUCCGCUACCUGAUCCUGUACGCGCGCGGCGGCAUCUACUCGGACAUUGACACGUACGCCAUCAGGAGCGCGCUGGAAUGGAUCCCGCCGCAGAUCCCCAAGGAGACAGUGGGCUUGGUCAUUGGCAUCGAGGCCGACCCCGACCGACCCGACUGGGCCGACUGGUACAGCCGCCGCAUCCAGUUCUGCCAGUGGACCAUCCAGAGCAAGCCGGGCCACCCGGUGCUGCGCGACAUCAUCAGCCGCAUCACCAACCAGACGCUAGAGCUCAAGAAGAGCGGCAAGCUGUCGGCCUUCCAGGGCAACCGCGUGGUUGACCUGACGGGGCCCGCCGUGUGGACUGACACCAUCAUGGACUACUUCAACGACGAGCGCUACUUUGACAUGGAGAACAGCAAGGGCAGGAUCGACUACCGCAACUUUACCGGCAUGGAGACGAGCAAGCGCGUCGGCGACGUGGUGGUGCUGCCCAUUACGAGCUUUUCGCCCGGCGUUGGCCAGAUGGGGGCCAAGGACUAUGAUGAUCCGAUGGCGUUUGUGAAGCACGACUUUGAGGGAACAUGGAAGCCCGAAAGCGAACGACACAUUGGCGAGAUUGUACAAGAGCUUGGAGAAGACCAAGGAGAGGCUCCGCAGGAGCAGUAA